AUGACUACCUUGACCAAACUGGCAGAUCAUGAGACGCCUGUCAUCUCUGUCCAUCCCUCUCGGCGCAUCUCGAAGAUCAACCCGAACAUCUAUGCCGGUUUCACUGAGCAUAUGGGACGUUGUAUCUAUGGCGGCAUCUAUGACCCUGGGAACCCGCUAUCCGAUGAGAAAGGAUUCCGGACGGAUGUCCUGGAGGCGUUGAAGGGGCUCAACAUCCCUGUCGUUCGAUACCCCGGUGGUAACUUCUGCGCGACCUAUCACUGGCUUGAUGGUGUUGGCCCCAAGGAAGAACGUCCAUCUAGACCUGAGCUUGCUUGGCUUGGAACUGAGACCAAUCAAUUUGGUACCGAUGAGUUCAUGCAGUGGUGUGAAGCUUUGGGAACUGAGCCUUAUCUUUGCUUUAAUUUUGGAACUGGUACUUUGGAUGAAGCUUUGGGAUGGGUUGAGUAUUGCAAUGGAACUGGCAAUACAUAUUAUGCCAAUUUGCGCCGGAAAAAUGGCCGCGAGGAGCCUUACAAUGUCAAAUACUGGGCCCUCGGAAACGAAACAUGGGGUCCCUGGCAAGUCGAGCAAAUGACCAAGGAGGCAUAUGCCCACAAGGCCAUCCAAUGGGCCAAAGCCCUCAAACUCCUGGACCCAAGCCUCAUCCUAAUCCUCUGUGGCCAAGAUGGCACCGCGUCGUGGGACUACUACACCCUAAAGCACUGCCUCGUGCCAGCCCACUCAGCCCUCUCAACUAGCGCAGUCCCCCUAAUCGACAUGCACAGCAUCCACCUCUACACAUCCUCAUCAGAGCACCUACCAAACGUAACAGCGCCCCUAGCAGCAGAGCGCGCAAUCGAAAUCACAUCCGCGCUAAUCGACCUCGCGCGCGCCGAGAACGGUGUCCCACCAGAACAGCUUCGCCCGACCAUCUGCUUCGACGAGUGGAAUGUGUGGGACCCGAUCCGUGCAGAGGGUAGCAAGGGCGCAGAGGAGAACUAUAAUCUAUCCGAUGCUCUUGCCGUCGCGGCCUGGUUAAACGUCUUCAUUCGUAAGAGCAAGGAUGUCGGUAUGGCGUGUAUUGCGCAGACUGUUAAUGUCAUCUCGCCUUUGAUGACCACCCCUGAGGGAAUCACGAAACAGACGACUUGGUGGCCGCUUUAUUUGUUCUCGCGGUACAUGCGUGGCUGGACUAUUGCUAGUCAUGUUUCUUGUGGAACUUAUGAGGGAGAGACAUUGCCCAAGUGGAUUCGGAGCGCGAAGGAUACGCCUUGGCUGGAUGUUAGUGCUGUGCUUGGUGAGGAUGGGUUUGUUAAUGUUGCUGUUGUGAAUAUUUCUGAUGAGAAGGAUUUGAAGAGUGUUGUUGAGGGGGCUACUGGUGAUGUUACUGUGUUUACUGUUACUGGGGCCAAUGUCGCUGCUAGUAAUAUGAAUGGUGCUGAGGAGGUGAGUGUUGAGGAGACUGUUUGGACUGGAAAGGGUGCUUAUGUCUUCCCUAAGCACUCGCUUACUCUGCUCAGAUGGAAGGCUGAGUAG